UUGAAACUUCCGUACAAAAAAAUCCGGCGAGAGUCCUCUCUAAAUUCGCUCCAUUUAAACAGCGUUCGUUCCCUCUUGUCCCUCUUGAAAUCGAGUACAUUCCUCCAAGACACCGGCCAUUCCACGCGCCAACAAUGGCCUCCCCAGCGACGCUUCCGAUCUCCAACGCCCAAACGACCGUCGGUGCCCAGUCACAGCCUCCGAUCGCCACCCCCGCCUUCCGCGUGUUCAUCUCACGCCUAUCCUCCUCCGUCCGCAACGGCUUCUCGCAGCGCCGCCCCUGGUACGAGCUCGUGGACAGGAGCGCCUUGGCCCGACCCGACUCCCUCACCGAUGCCUACUCCCGGAUCCGCAAGAAUUUCACCUACUUCCGCGUCAAUUACGUGUCCCUACUCACCCUCGUACUCGCCCUCUCUCUCCUCACCCAUCCCUUCUCCCUCAUCGUCCUACUCUCGCUCCUCGGCGCGUGGGCUUUCCUCUACCUGUUUCGAGCGUCCGAUCAGCCGCUCGUCAUCCUCGGCCGCACUUUCUCCGACGCCGAAACCCUCAUCGGGCUCGUCGUGUUGACCGUGGUCGUCAUCUUCAUGUCCAGCGUCGGCUCGCUCCUGAUCUCGGGUUUGUUGAUCGGAUUCGCCAUUGUUUGCGCGCACGGUGCGUUUAGGGUUCCGGAUGACCUCUUUCUCGACGAUCAAGAGCCCGCCAACGCCGGAUUUCUCUCGUUCCUUGGUGGCGCUACCUCCUCCGCCGCUGCCGUCCCUGGACGUGUCUAAUUGAAUCUCGCCGCAACCAUGGUGAGACCAUAUCUUUUUUGUACUGAUCUGUGCAAUUGAUAUUCUUGUAGGAUUAUAAAAACUUAAUCUGAUUGCGGAAUUUUAGAGCGGAAAUUCUAGGGUUUCAUGUAGAUUUGAUCUGAAAUUUGUAUUUCUGUUUUAUUUAUUUAGUCAAAUUUUGAUGCUGAUGAAUUUAGAUAUUAAUUCAUGUUUAUAUUCUGAUUA